AUGAAUUGUACCAAAUGCAAUGAAUCUUUGACGGACUCGGUGUCGUGUGCGCAGUGUUCGGGUGCUUAUAUUACGUGUGUGUGGGGUUUCGGAAAACAGUACAAGAAAAUGGGCCCCGAGAAGCGAGCGGCCUGGCGGUGUAUAACGUGCCGCGCCGUGGUGUCUACCGACAACACUACAAACGCUGAAAUUUUGAGGGAAUUAAAGAACUUGAAAUCUGAAUUUAAUAGUUUCAAAUUGGAUCUUGAUACGGUGAAAAGGGACACUCACGAUACAGUGAUGCAGUGCGGGAGAGUGCCAAGCAAAUCAGGCGAAAACCUACACAACAUAGUGAGCGACAUUUGUGCAGUGACGGGUUUUCGGCUUGAGCCCACCGACGUCGACACAGUUCAUCGAGUUAGACAAUUCGCAACUCACGACGGGCAGGCCCCGGCCCCCGGCCAUGUGGUACGUUUUACCCGGCGCAGACGCAAGGACGAGUUGCUUGCAGCCGCCCGCGCGCGCGCACGGUGA